AUGCCUAUCAUGUUAGCCAUCAAGGGCUGGAGGAAGGGCGUGGGCGUCCUGGACGGGGCCUUGGUCGACAAAGACGAUCCCAAGGCUGUUGAGGAGUACGAGAAGCGCAAGGACGAAAAGAAGGGUAUCACCAAGGUGCCGGCAGUGCUGGGCAACGUGUGGAAGAAGGUUGCCACCAAGAAGGGCGAUAAGGUGCCCAAGGAGCCGCCGGCAAAGAGCUAA